AUGUCCCUAGGCACUGGUAGUCUGGUAGGUUUGCAGUCUUCCAUGUGUGCCACGGAAAUGAUCCUGAGGGCAGCAGUGCUCAUCAUGGCUUGGGGCUUAUCUCAAGAUGAAGUACCAGAUGGAAAUCAUAUGCUUGACCAUCAAGAGGCAAUGUCAGAAUCAGAGAUUCAAGUGAAGAAAGAAAGCUUUCACACAGGGGAAAGAUUUACUACUCAGGAUGAAGUACCAGAUGGAAAUGGUAUGCCUGUACAUCAAGGCUCAGUGUCAAAAUCAGAGACUCAAGUGAAGAAACAAAGCUUUCACAAAGGGGAAAAGCUUAGUACUCAUGGUGAUGCUGCAGACAAAACUCCUGGGCUUCAGCAUCAAGAAUCAGUGUCAAAACUCCCAGUACAGGAACAGAAAACCUCCAAAGGAAGAAAACACAGCACUCAGGAUGAAGUACUAGAUGGAAAUCCUAUGUUUGAGCGUCAAGACUCCAGGUCAAAAUCAGAGAUUCAAGUGAAGAAACCAAGUUUUCACCAAGCGGAAACACUUACUGCUAAGGAUGAAGUACCGGAUAGAAACCGUAUUCUUGAUCAUGAAGACUCAGUGUCAAAAUCAGAGAUUCAAGUGAGGAAACCAAGCUUGCACAAAGGGGAAAGACUUACUGCUCCUGAUGAUGUGCCUGACAGUGCUCCUGUGCUUCAGCAUCAAGAUUCAGUGUCAAAACUCCCAGUGCAAGUACAGAAACAGAUAACUUCCAGAGGAGGAGGACAAGCUCCUGAUAAAGUGCCAAGUGGAAAUCUUGUACUUGAACAUGAAGAUUCAGAGUUAAAAAAAGAAGCACAAGUAAAGAAACAAAGAACUUCCAUAGGAGAAAGACUCAAGACUCAUAUUGGAGUACCAGAUAAAAAUCUUAUGGUUUUUAAUCAAUAUCCAGUGUCAAAAUUCCAAACGCAAGUAGAGAACCAAAUAAAUUACAGAAGGGAAAGGAGUCAGAGUUUUUAUGGAGCGUCAGGUCAACAUCCUCUGCUUGUGGAUCAAGAUUUAGUUUCAAAACCCCAAACGCAAGUGAAGAAGCAUAUAGGUUCCCCAGAGGAAAGACGCUAUACGUAUCCUUUUCAAACCCAGAAAAACGAUGUGAUAACAGUUGAAAAUCUACAUCCUGAGAAGAAGGAUUUGUUUUCAAUUAAGCAAUCCCAAACUCAGAAACCUAGAGCUAUCAAAAAGGAGAAUCUUGAUGCUCAGAAAGCAAGAGACGUAUCAUCUAAGGAUGAAGUUGGAUCAAAAAGCCAGUCUCAAACUGAGAAACUUAGAGCUGGCAGAAUGGAAACCCUGAAUACUCAUAUUGGAGUACCAGAUAAAAAUCUUAUGGUUUUUAAUCAAUAUCCAGUGUCAAAACUCCAAACGCAAGUAGAGAACCAAAUAAAUUACAGAAGGGAAAGGAGUCAGAAUCAAGACAUGGAUGAACUCUCAGAUGAGAAAUUUUCACUUGAAGAUCUAGUAAGAACUAAAGAAUACAAGGAUAAAACUCAACUAAGUGGAGUUUACCAGCCUCAGAUAUGGAGAAUUAAAAGGGAAACAACCACAGAACAUGCAGAUAUAACAGAGAAUCUUCCAGAAAUCAAUCCAUCAAUUGAUGACUUAAUAUUUCAAUUAGAUUUAAACAAAGUAAUAGAAAUUGAUCUAGAACACUUGAAAGAUACUGUCGGGAGACAUAUACAGAUAGUGGAAAAUAAGACCCUAGCCAAGUUUCCCCCUGAGACUCAUACAGAGCAGUAUGCAGAAGCUACUGGAAGAAGUAUUCUAAAGGGCAAAAUCAAGACAAAAUCCAAGAGCCAUCUUGUGUCUGAUACAGAGCUAUUCCCAGAUAUUAUUGGAAGACGUUUUUUGAAGAGUGAAUUCAAGACACAACCCGAGAACUAUCUUGGGACUAAUAUACAAGGCUUGAGAAGUAAAACUGGAAGAGGUGUAAUAAAGGGACAAUUCAAGACACAAUCAACGAAUCUCCCUGACACUGUUACAGAGCACUUCCCAGAUGCUGUUGGAAGAAGUAUGCUAAAGAGUGGUAUCAAGACACAAUUCAAGAGUCAUCCUGAUGCAUCUUUUGAGGACUUUUCAUCUUACAUGACUGAACGUCCAAAAGUACUUCAUGGGGCAUCUAAGACUGGGCCAGGUGUUUAUAAAGCCAUCAAGUUUCCUUCACUGAAUAAAGAACAUUCAGGGCAUCAAAAAAAAUCAGCCUUACAAAAAAAGAAAAUUGAACAUGAAGAGACUCUGCCCACUGUGGUUGCUACAACUAGAAAGCCUAUCUAUAAAGUGCCAUAUACUACUGCCUGAAAAUCUCCACCCCACCCAUACUUUUGAAAAUAAAUUAACUCUGGGCAAAAUAAAUAACAUGAGCAAACUCAUGGAGACAGCAAUGAAAUUGCAGGAGUGGAAGCCUUAUGAAAAUAACAUUGCCUUGAGUGAAUGGUGUUUAUUGAACAAUACUGAGAAAGACCCUGAAUUAACAGGGUAGGCCCAGAUCAUGGAGGACCUUGAUCGGCAGCAGUAGAAAAUGUACAACUUAUAUGGCAAGAAGAAAUCAUGAACUGAGCAUAGAAUGUCAAUCAAGAGAAGAUAAAUGGAGUAAUUCUUCACUAAUUACUGAUUAUUCUCUGAAACUGAGAAAGAUCCAAGAGAACUCUUCUUUACCAUCUGGAACACAUUUGAAACUCUUUAAGAUCAUAGCCACUGUUGCUGAUGUUAAGAAAGGAGCUGUCUGUCGAAAUUCUACCUUGCUUCAAUUCAUUCAUGUCCCUGUAAUGCCUUCUGGUGUGGUAUA